UGGUGUCAGAAAAACAGACAUGCGCAGAUGAUCAGCUCUACCUUGAAUAUUCGCUUUCAUAAACACAACAGCGCCUCUUCGUGACCAACAAGCAGAACUGACAGCAUGUAAUCAUAAUUACAGAGCUUUUCACGUCACUGCAACGUCGUGAGACUAAAUACGAGAAGCAUACAAUGCGCAGCGGCAAAUAUUAAUAAAUAUCAACAUUAGCUGCUUGUUUUAAAGUUAGCUCGUUCGCUGCUGAUAGCAAGAUGCUGGUAAGCUAGCAGAUAUGUUAGCUCGAUGACAGCAGCAGCAGCAGCAUGAUGUAACUUCACUUUACAAGAAAACAAAUCAACAUUUUAUUACAUUAGUGUCCAUGCUAGUGGCCCAAGCUGUUGUGGGUUUCACUCUCUUGUCUGUGGCCAACAAGAUGACCUCUGUGGCAGCGACCACCUCCUCCGAGCCUCGGGGGAUGCAUGCAGCAGCAGCCAGCCGGGAUGCACGCACAGAGAGCCCGCAGAGGAGGCUCCAGAAGCUGCUCGCGGUGCCCGGACACCAGCCGAGCCGAGUGAACGACCUGCUGCUCCUCCGGCCUGCUGCAGACGACCACACCGUGAAGGAGGAGAAGAGCAACAACAAGCAUGUGGUGUUCUUUCAUGGCGACAUUCAGAACUUUCAGGAGGAGAUGGCUCUGCAGCCGGAGGGCUCUCAGUGGCUCCGUUGGAGCCUGGAGCAGGUUGCUCUCAUUCUGGGCCAGCGCUUCCCCGACCGCCAUGUCUGGGUGGUCAAAUCCUCCCGUAUGUACCUCCACAAGUUCAGCUGCUACCGCAACUUUGUGGAGAGCAACAUGUUCGGAGCUCCGGAGCACUUCUCAUACUCCUCUGAGCAUGGAGCGUUUCUCCACCUCAGGGCCCUGCUGAGCCACGGCAUGGAGCGAGCUGACCUCCCAAACCCCCUGCAGCCACAGGGAGGCGCUGACAGCAUCCCCUCAGGCUUCUCCCUCUUCCUGGUGGGCUUCAGCAAAGGCUGCGUGGUCCUGAACCAGAUGGUGUACGAGUUGCCCGGGGCCCGCGCAGACCCCCAGCUGUCCUACUUCAUUAAACACAUCACAGACAUGUUCUGGCUGGAUGGGGGGCACCCAGGUGGCAGCGAGACCUGGGUGACCGACAAGCAGGUGCUGAAAGAACUAGCCUCCAGCGGGGUGUCGAUCCACGUCCACGUGACCCCGUAUGAGGUGUGUGAUCCCAUGAGGGCUUGGGUUGGCCGUGAGCACGGACUCUUCAUCAAGACCCUGGAGGAGUUUGGAGCCUGUCCCAGUAAGAAGCUGCACUUCGAGGACGAGCCCCCCUCCAUUGAGCACCACUUCAGGGUCAUCCAGGAGUUCUGAGCACACAAGUCUCAGUUGACCUCUCUGAGUGCUUCAGAUCGAUCACACAGAUUGUCUUCUUCUCUGCUCUUACCUCAUUUAACCACUCGAAGGGCUCAGAGUUCAGAAUGUGACGGAGGCUGGUUUCUUCUUCUUUCUAAAACUACCUGCACUCGUUCCCAGCUUGAAUGAUUCCCUGAUAUCUUGCUGCAUCCUUAUCCCCCCCAGCUAGCCCUACCCCUCCAUUCAGAGUGCUCCUGAGGAAGGAUGAGAUGUAGUCAAUAUGUAGCCUUCAGAAGGAGCAUUUAUUCAUGGAAAACUGUGUGGGAUAACACCACAUUUCAGCAUAUUAAUCAUCAAAAAAUCUAAAAUAUAACUGUAGCAUUAAUACAAGAGAAAUGUAAAUUUGUUUGCAGGUAUGAAACUGACAGUCUGAUGCAGUGAGUAGGGGUCAGUGUCCUGGGUGUAGACUAGGUCACCUCUCUCAGAUGACAUUAGUUGCAGCUUCAUCCUUGACUCCACCUCCCUGUAGAGGAGACUCCUGACCACAGAGCUGAGGAGUUGGUGUCUCGUAUUGGAUCUGAGGAGAGAAACCUGCAGGUAUGAAACGGACUCUCUUCUUUCUUUAACUUUCUCCUGAUUCAGGCUCCAGCUUUGAGUCUCUGCAGAGCUGUCAGUUCAUAAACCUGAUCCACGUUGUGUCUGUUAGAACGAUGAAGUGAAGAUGAAGAGUAACACGGUGACUCAUUUUAACCUCAUGUUUGUUUGUUCGGCUGAAGCUUUUUACAUUCUCCUCAAACCUGCACUCAUGUGGAGCUACUUUAAGACGGCUGAAUGUCUGAGCCUCCUCAUUACAGAUUCUUGAUUGUAAGUUUGUUGCUGGAUUAUGAAUCCAAACUGAUCAGAAGUAGAAAAUGUGGUUACAUCAUUCUGAUCUCAAAGUUGAUUGUUUCUUAAACAUUGUUAUCCAAAUGUUGCACUCUUAAAAAAACUAAACAGUCAACUGUAGUACUGGAGCUUACUCACUUUAUUAUUUCUUGUUUUCUCUUUGGGUUGUUUUUUUUCCAUGAUAUGUCAGAAAAAUGUCUUAUGUUUACAGCAGAUAUUUAUGACUACUUUACAGGGAAUAAACUCAGAACAGGCCACUCAAAGUGAUUAUUGUUUAUCAGAAGAGUUGGAGAAUAAUUUAGUCAUUGUAAAUUGAAUGUCUUAAAGCUGGGGUUUGUAGUCAGAUUAAGAUCCACUUUUUGUUAUACUGGUUAAAAUGAUCUUUAUGUCCUGAUGGCAAUCAAUACAUAAUGUGUUCUUAAUAAGAGUGAAAAAAAGCUGCCAUCUACAGCCGGAGUUAACCUGGGAAAACACCAACCAAUCCCUGCAACCAGGAGCCAAAAUAUAUCGAGACGGAGUCCUGAGGAAAUGCUACAUUCAAAUUCAUGCUAGUUUUCAGUGACUACCAACCUUAGCUUUAAUGGCACUUAAAGAUAAAGAAGCUGAGUUCUGCAGAUAUUUUGAAAUCCUGUGUUGCUUAACAUUGAAUAUUAUUUUAACUACAACACUUUUGGACAUUUUCUUUUCACAGACAUGAACACUCUGCAUGAUAACAACUUAUUUUCAUGUGUGUCACCUUUAUUCCAACUUUCUGUUUUGUCUCUGAACCAAAUUACCCAGAAAAUUGUAACAUUUAAAGCAGUGUCUAAUUUUAUAAUGAGUUGUGUUUAAAUGAAAGAAGAUAUUAUACUUAUUCUUAUUCUCUUUUAUUUUUAAUCCUUUUUUUUUUAUUAGGGUGUCAGAAACUUGUGGGAUAACAGUCAGGGGCGUGUCCAGAGGGGCGGGUAGGGAUGGCGUGCACCACCUGAGGUGCCACCCAUCUUUUUAAGAGACGGGUUUCAUGUUAAAAUCAACUAUUUGGCUUCUAUUCCAACAGGCUGCUCUUAGGUUUCUUUGUGUUUAAAGGAAGCAGUUUUCUUGAGUUGGUUCUUUAAUAGUAGAGAAACACUUUGCACUUGUAUUUGUUUAUGUUUCACAAGACAGGAGCUUAAAAGAAGGUUUCUGUUUCUGUUUAAAAAACGAUGCCAAGAAUAUGUCCUCGCUCUGUCGUGUAACUUUCUGUAUGAUCAUUUAAUGUUCGCCAAAUUAGAUAAACGUGGAUCAGAGAAGGUAAAUAAUUGAUAUUCUGUCAGUCCUCAGUCUGGACACGCCCCUGGAUACAGCUUAUAGACUGUACUCUGUAAUAUAUUUAAAAAUAUGCAUACUUGCUGUUUUUGUGGCGACGUGGCAGCACGUGUCGUACCUCUAUGUAUGAUCUGUGUGUAAGCUUCCAAAGCUUCUUUGCACUAUGCUGAUGAUGGCUGUAACCCGCUCUGCUGAAUGUAACUUCAAAUCAUUCCAUUAUGUUUACGACUUGCUGUGUGCCGUUUAAGUUUUUAAAACUGCCUGAGCGUCUGUGCCGAGGACGGAUGAUGAACUGUUCUCUAAAGGUGCACUGCCAAGAUAACAUGCACUGUUCUGAAUCGUCUGCUUGUGAUUUGGUUUACAUCGUCGCUGUGCUUUCUUCUCAUGUAACUGUUCACCUGCGAGGAGUCAAAGAGGAACUCUGAUAUUAGUCUGGUACAAAUAACCCUGUGACAUCAUCCUCAUGUGUGAUUUAGAUGCUUGUUUUUGCCUUUGACAAGCUCUGAUUGUUAUCCAAAGUGUGUGACAGUAAAACUACAAUAAUCCCUGAAGACAUAGA